UCUCACGCCUUGCUUUCUCAUCCUUCCUCGAGCCAACAUCACCCAUGUGAGUGUUAAUGUCGCUUUUACGGUGACAAGACGCGCAAAAACUCAGACAAGAGAAUCCUCCUGUACCACAUGCUACUAAGAAAAUAGCUCUGACCACUCUCAUUCCUCGGGUAUAGCAAAGGAAAAUCAACCGUCUGUGAGCUUAUUGUAGCUAUCUCCUCAAGGACCUAGUAUGGUUUUUAGAGGUAAACCGUCAAAGGCCUGUCAGAGAUGUCGGGACCGGAAACUCCGAUGCAACCUUCAGCGGCCAUCCUGUAGCUCCUGCCUGCGAAUUGGAGUCCGGUGCUAUGGAUAUCGUGAUACGGACGUCCUGCGUAUCUCGAACGAAACCGAGUUUGUUCAUAUGAAGGCUAUUUCAGCCGAGAAGCGAGUCAUGACACCAAAGCGGGCCAAUAAAGCGAGCUUCAAGCUUUCCCACUUGCCUUUAGAUCUCCAAGCCCAGGCGAGACAGCUUUUCUUUGCGUACUACAUUGCGGAUUUCAGUCGAGUAUGGGAUUUCUUAUACCCCCAUUUCGAUCCAAAGACUGCCCCGGAACACCUCUCCCUCAGCAUAGAUGCUGCAAGUCUAGCGUUCUUGUCACACCACGUGAACUCUCCUUCUGCACAGAAUCUAGGGAGACAAAAGUACGUUGGCGCGCUCAGGGAGACAAAUAAGGUGCUGCAGGAUCCGACCACCCUCCCACAGACAAACACACUUGAAGCCUCGCUGCUACUAGACCUCUUUGAGAGAAUCACAGAUUCUAGACCCACUUCUGUUGUGUCUCAGCGAGCCCAUGUGGAUGGCGCUCUGGCGCUCGUUAGGCUUAGAGGCUUGCAGCACUUCACAGACCCGGGUGGCUUGAAGGCGCUCACAAGGCUGGCACUAAACUCCGUCGUCAUAUCAAUAACCAACCGCGAGAGUAUACCGGAAGACGUUACAAAGAUCAGAGAACAUACAGCAAACUAUACUGACGUCUCGCAUCCCAAGUGGUUGUUGUCAGGCAUCACACUGAAGGUCACUGACCUCCUUUCAGAGAUCACUAAGAGUGUCCUGACAGCAGAAGAGAAAGUGCGGCGGUGUGUUGUAUUGGAGAGACAGCUUGAAAUCAUCGACAAUGAGGCGCCUCCGAAAUGGUCGUAUGACCGGAUAUAUGUUACAGAAGAGCAAGAAGACACGACUUUGGAUGGUUACUACGAUGUCUACGCCUCCCGCGUAGAUACACAGAUGUGGAAUGUCCUCCGGUUUAUAAGGAUCGUUCUCUGCGAUGAGAUUAUUGAAUCCUGCGCCAAUACUAAUGACAAGACCAGCCAGCACGCAAUGGAGACCGCCGCCUUGGUAGUCCGAGAAGUGUGUGCCACGGUCCCUCAGAUGACCGACUGCAAUGGUCCUGCUAGGCACAAAUUACCACCGGGAUCCAGCGCAAAUAUGCACACUCAUACGCUGUCACAUUUUCUCGACACGUACAUUCUCCUAUUGGGGCUGUAUGCCGCUGCAUGGUCCCGCGGUUGUCCCGAGAAAGCAAGGAUCUGGAUCAUUAAACAGCUUGAUAGGAUUGCUGAGCACUUUGGGGUGAAAGAAGCGGCGACAGUGGCGGCAAUAUUGAAAAUGCAGGAUGCGAGGGCUAGGACAGGACCCUGGGACGUGUAUCGGCUUAUUGGAAGCUAUGCAUUCGCAGCAUAGCAAUGUCCCUUCGAGUCAGAAAUCAAACCUGGGUUCCCCGACUGCACGGGAGCUGUUCAAGCGGUGCAUGUAUCGAAUGCUCGUCAACAGGUCACAAUAGGAUACUGUUGCGACCCGUCACGCGCUAUCCGUUCCUCUGGUCGUUUCCGGAGAUUGACAGAGAGCACUCCUACAAAUGUGAUCCUAAGAUGGAGUCUUGGAGAUGCUCGGCAGCUCGUAUAGCAGCACCUACGCUCAAAAUAUCAAUUGCCGAUACAUAUGUAUGUAAGUGCGGAAGUAGGAGCGGGUGUAAGGGCGGACGUUGUAUCCAUAGUGUAUUCCCGCAGCUGCCACAUUGGUAGACUUGCCAAGU